AUUUUUAACAUUUCAAGAUUUAUCAUUCAACUUCUUAUAAUUUUGGUGUGUGGUCACUCAACCCAUACACAAACCAAUAUGAUUAUUGCAAGUGUUGCAUAGCCCUGGGCUACAAAGGGGACAUGCAUCAAUUUUCCCUUUGAACAGUUAUAAAAUUUUAGUGGUAAGUGCUAUUUAUUUCUAUAAAUCACGAUUUGACUAAAACAAAACCUAUUAAUAUGAUUUAGUGUUGACAUUUAAGUUUGUUGCUAUUUUAUGCAGGGGUCACUGACAAAUAUCAACGGACAUAUAUCAUAAUAUGUAUCGAUUGAUAUGUAUUAAUUGAUAUUUAUAAUAUUUAUCGUUAAUUUGAGAAUUGAGUAUCAAGUCUCAGCUAGAAUAUUAACCAUCCCGAUGUGUCGCUGGCAACAUUGGCACGAAAUUUCUUUAUUUUUUUAGUUUAAUGCUUUUGUUCACGUAAAAAUGUUUAUUAUAGUGAGAUGGUAAUAAGUCGAGUAUUCCCCUAUACAUUAAUGGUAAUCCUGACACGCACACUACUUUUUAAAUAUUUUAUAAUAAAUAAACUAUUAAAUAUAAUUAACUUUCUUUAUCAUUCAUACUUUUGAUUUAAAAGAUCAAAUAAUAAAGCCAUAAUUUUUUCAUAGGCAUGAUAUAUAUCUGAUAUUUAUUUGAAUAUCGGAUUUUUGCAAACCCAGAUUUUAUUAUACAAAAAAAUUUAAGAUACUUCGGUCAACCUGUGCCAUAGAAUACUAUUACUCCAAGGAGAAGAAUACCAUAUAUAUAAAAGUACUCUUUGAAGAAUACUAACUUCAUACAAAAGUAUGCACCUCAAGGAUCCAAUGAAAAAUAUGAAUGAACGAUGAUUGUUUUAUCAGAUUAAAAGCAAAGGCAUUAAAUUAAAUAAUAAGUUAUUUUAUCCCAGACUGUUUUCAAGCGUAGGAUAAAAUUACUUUUACUUCAAUUUUACUGUAGAAAUGAAAUUGUAAAGUUAAAGAGAAAAAUUCAAGUAUUUACAUUAUUGCAUGAAAACCUACUUUUUGUGAAUUUGUGAAUAUAUGUUUUUUUUAAUAUUAAAUAUUUUAAUGCUUUUUAACGCCAAAGACCAAAGCAUUCGUCUCUAAGACCAAUAAAUUAUUUCUUAAAAAAAUAUUUAAGCCAAUCAUACGCAGCCGUUAAAAAUCAAACGCCAAUCAUAAUCAUUUAUUCUCCCGCGCUGCACUCUUACCUUGUUUAAAGUUUGACAUUUAUCAUAGUUUGGAAAGUGAGCUUUUUGCAAAAGUUUUGAGUAGUUGAAUAAAAUUAAUUUUGAUUAUAAAGUGAAGUGGCUUUCCCAGAAUAAGGAAAAGAUAAAUAAAAAUGAAUAUUGUAAUUACAACAUUCAAAGAUCCCUUUUCAUUUUUCUGUUUAUCUGAACAAAAUGGAAAGGACAUUGAUUUUAUCGAGAAUUGUGUUGAACCAUCAAACUUUCCCUAUUCAAGCAAGAUUGAAGUAGCUGAUGUAUGCCACGGCCAGUAUGUUGCUGUCAUGUGGAAAAAUAAAUGGGUCCGUGGUCUGGUCACUAUGGAAUCCCAGUUCCUUAUAUGGCUUAUUGAUUAUGGAUGUUAUUUACGGCCGAAUGAUAAAACUGUUUACACAGAACUACCUUCAGAAUUUAAGAAAUUUCCAACAAAAGUUUUUGAAGCAAGCAUCCAUGGAGUAGCACCGGUUGAUAGACAAAUGACUGAUGAUUGUGAAAUAAAGAAUGAAAUUGCUACUACAUGGACUGCAGGGGCUAUUGAGAAAGCUCAAACAUUGAUUGCUAAUGCUUCCAAAAUCUACUUUGUACCUAUUGCUUUAAUGUCCACUAAAGCAAAUGAUAUUGUGAUUGGUGACUUAUAUUUAGUAUUAGGUCAUGAAAGGGUAGUUAACAUUGUUGAUGAAUUGCAGCUGUGGCCAGUUUUUUUGGAGAAAAAUAAGUCUGCAUAUAUUGAAAAUCUAUUAAAUAAUUAUACUAGCCGCAGAAAACAUCGUGCUUGUUUGCUUAAGCCAGCUUUGCCUAAUUCUGAGAUACCUACAAUGACAUUUGAUACAACCCUCGAGGAGUAUGACGCCAUCUGUGCUGCGGCACCGCAGUUUGAAACCGCACAAGAGUGCAGCGACGUUUCGGAAGAGGGCAGCACCGUAGUUGACUAUGUUCAAAAUAAAACUGAAAAGGACGUCUGCAAACUAACAGCAGCGGAAAUUGAAAAAUAUUCGCACACUUACGUUAGUUUUGCUGGACAAAAAUACAACGUCUUAAAUGUGUUAUGUAAUAAAAUAAGAGAUUUAAAAAUCUGUGAAAAAUAUAAAGACCACGAUUUGAAGUCUGUAGGUCGAGCGUCAUACCGCAUUCCUCCACCAUGGAGGACAAAUUUUUAUUUUGAAAACAAUUUAAAUUAA